UUAUUAUUCAUGGCGAACAAACGAAGCCUGUAGGCACGUCUGGGUUUCGCUCGCUCGCAUUAUCGACAUGGAGUGCCUUCACGCGACGUGACUGCAACUAGCAGUUGUAUAUGCGACCAGCAGUUGCUCUUCAAAGGUUGUCCUAGUCUCACUGAAUUCGUUUCUUUCCUUGCUUCCCCGCAUGUAGAAAUUAUCCUCGCCGACCACACUUCCUGCUUCGCACGUGCAAGGCUUCCUCUGACUCCAAGAAUUGCCGUUUUGCUCCCGCGUUGCCGUCUCGUUCCCGAUGUUAGCGGCGUUAAGCCGCGAUCGACCCAACGUCGACAUGGUACCCCGGGCUGGCGAUCAGCGUCGCACGGACGACGACUGUGCGACGCCGCUGUGGCUGCUGGAGGUGUCGCCGGACCACGAGAGCAGUCGCAGCACGCUCAGCGUCGCCCUGGCUGACGUGGACAGAUUCCAGCGAGCCAAUGACGGCGAGACGCCUGUCAUCGUGCUCGUUUCCGUCGUUAUCGAUACAGACGGAUCCAAACCGGCAUCGGCGCGCAAGGAGCGAUCGCGGCACGGCGCGACGGAAGAUUUGAUUCUGCGCAGCGUGAUGCGGCCGAUGCAGGCCAUCGCAGAGAGCAGAAAGGUGGCAGCGGAGGCGCACAUGGAGCACAGUGAGUCGCGGGAGGCGGGUCUCUGCGCGGCAGUGGCGUGCUUGCAGGCACAGCGGCUUUAUAUCGGCGUCAAGAGGAAGCUUCUGUGGGGAGGAGACUCGUCCGUGGUUCAUUUCUGCGAGGCGCAUCUGCCAGAGGGCUGCCACCUCGUGCUCACACAGGCCGGCAGGCGAGUCAAGGAGCUUAUAGCGGGUACAGGCCACUCCAGCAGCCACGGCAGUGCUAGCUUUGGCAGUGGUGGUGGAAGUGGUGCGGGAGUUGCUGCUGCUGGUGGGCGUCGAAGAUCGGAUGAAUACCUUGACAAACGGCAGCAGCAGCAGCAGCAGCAGAAGCAGCAGCAGCUGUUGGAAGCACAUUCGCCAGAGGAGGAGGAGGACGAGUCGGAGAUGGAGCUGAAGCGCAGCAUCAGCGUGGGCAACGAGCUCAGGAACCGCAGGAUGCGACCCACCAUGCACAGCAGCAGCAGCAUUGGUGGCGGCGGGGGCAGCGGCAGUGCAGAAAGAAGUAUGUUUCCCCUCAGCGGCAGCAGCAGCACGGGCAGCCCUGGGAACAGCAGCAGCGGCGGGGGUGGUGCUGCUGGUGCUGGUAGCGGUGGUGGCAGCGGGUACGGUGGUGGUGGUGGCGGUAGUAUGGGUCGUGUUUUUCGGCGCAUGUCACGCAAGCACAGCAGCAGCUUUUCCGAAUCAGAAGAUGAAACCCUACCCGACCAACCCUGCCCUGUCCGAACCAGCAGCGGAGGCUCGGACCACCGCCGACUUCCCUACCACCUCAACCUCCUAGGUCCAGGAAGGCGUGUAGCUUCGGUCGCAGGCUCGGCGUCCGGACCAGCCGAAGACUCCGACGACCCGAACCACACCAGAGGCUCCAAACCUCCUCCCAGACCUCCCCGAGGCUCGGGACGAGGCUCGGAAAUGGAGGAAGCGGAGUAUGAAGGGGAGCAUGGGGAGGAUGGGGAGUUGCCCUCUCCCGGGCUUGUCAUGCGCUCCCGAACCACCCCUUGCCGAAGAUCCUCGGGGGCGGGAGGCGAGCUGGAAGGAGCGGCAGCAGCAGGCGGAACUUGGAGUGCUGCUGCUGGCAGCGGUGGAAGCCAUGGCAUGGGCGGCCCUCCUCCCGCCUCGCCUACCCUCUGCUCUUCCUCCUCCUUGUCCGCACCCAGACGAUCUAUCUCUCGCACACUCAGCAGGGAGCGCAGGCAGCAGGCAGCAGCAGUGGCAGGAGCAGGAGCAGCGGUAACCGGCACUGGAGGGUUUCAGCUCACCGCUGCUGCCGCCGCUGUUUCAGGGCUUGCUGCCCCUCCUCCCCCUCCCUCCUCCCUCCCCUUCCACUUCUCAAGUCUCAUAAUCCCCCCGCACCCCUCCUCCGGGUCCGGUGUUCUUAUAACGGAAGAUGCUUAUAAUGAUGGUGAUAGCGAUAGUAGUGAGCCGAGGCCGGGGACGCCCAGGGGAGAGACGGAGAAAGAGGCUCGGCAGCUCGGGUCGUCUAGGCUCGGCCCGAACCUGCCGGGCGGUUUUGGUCCGAGCCAGGGGAUGGAGGCUCGUCAGGGGGGAAGGGGCAGGCACAGCAGGCACAUGUCGUGGGCUGGCCCGGAUGUCAUGGGGGGAGGAGGUGGGGGUGGAGGUGGGAGGUUUAGACUGUCGCCUGGGGAAGCGGCUGGUCGUGAGGGCGGUAUUCCUAGGCAAGGGAACAGUGCUUUUGGUGCUGGUGGUGAUUCCAAGUCCCCCAGAAGCCUCAUACCCCCAGGCCUACCGUCUCCUGCUUCUGCUGCUCCUGCUGUGGCUCACCACCCUUCCUUCUCCUCCUCGUCUCGUCCCAAUAUAGCCGAGCAGGUAGUGGCACUGGCAGGGCAGUGGGAAAUGUUUUCAAACAGGGCGGGAGAACAGGGAGGAGAGGGGGCAGCAGGGGGAAUGGCAGGAGCAGGUAAUUCUGGGGCAGGUGGAGCUGCCAGGCUGGCUCAGGCUCCCCGCCGCACUGUGCCAAAACAUUUCCGGGCAGGUAGCUGGGACCCGGGCAGGUUGAGCUUGAGUGAUGAAGACUCGUUUCCGGAGAAUGUGCGAGGAGGGGGAGGAAUGGCAGGGGCAGGGAAAGGGGCAGCAGGAAAAAGGGGAGGGGGAGGAGGGGGAGCAGCGGGAGGGAAAGGUGGAGGAAGCUUCCGUAAGGGCAUGCUGCGAAGGAAGGGGAGUGGGGAGGGGAUUGGCGGGUGGAUUGGAGGAGGGGGCGGAGGAGGGGGAGUGGGAGGAGGAGAGGGGGGAGGGAGAGGAGGAGGUUAUGGGAGAGGGACGGAUGAUGGUGCUGAUGCGGAUGCUUAUGUGGAUGACGUGGGCAGCAUGGGAGGGGCGGCUCCCUUGCGCCGUGCUCUCUCCUCUUCCUCCCCGGGCCUGAGUACGAGCCUGCUGGGCCUGCCAGGUUCGGCGUUCGAACGAAUCAGCGGCACCGAGGCUCGGCACAGGCUGCCCAAGAUGCCCUCCAGCAACGGCAGGCUCGGCGAGGAGGCUCGGCCGGGCCUGCUGGAGGUGGGGCGGGGAGGGGGGGGGCUGGUGCGGGAUUGGAUUCAGGGGGAUGGGGCAGCAGGGGGAAAGGGAGAGGUGGGAGUGAGGAGGCCGGAAACAAGCGGAGGAGAGAGGAGGGGCCGAGGCCUGCUUGGCAGUGGUGACAUUGUUGCAAGGCCAAAGAGGGGGGAGGAAGGUGGAGGAGGGGGAGCAGUGGGAGGACAGGGCGGAGUGGGAGGCGGGGGAGGAGGGGAAGCGGGAGAGGGGAGCAUGAGCGGUGGCAGCAGCAGCGGCAGUGGGCUGGACAUGGACAUGCUGCUGGGGGAGCUGCAGCAGCUGAGGCAAGAGGCCCUCGCGAAACAGGCAGCGGCCCAAGCUCAGUUCUGCAAGGACGGGGAGUCCAGCAACCCCCUCUCCACCAGUUCAGACCUCUACCCUGGCGGCAACUGCGCCCCUAAUUCCGGCCACAGCCACAGCCACAGCCGCAGUAACAGUCACGGCAACAGCAAGAAUACCAGUGAGACCAUCAGCCGCAACGCCACAGGCUUGGGCAGCCGUCCUCUCUCGUCGGGCAGCCAAAACAACGCAAGCAGCGGCAGCGGCGACGACGCAGGCAGCAACAUGCUUCGCAGCGCACUGGCAGCAGAAGGAGAUCUGACCGACCUCAGCGACUUCACUCACCUCCAUGGGCGCCCUGGCCCCAUGGGUCAUGCUGUGGUCAAUUCCAGUAGGAAGAAUGGGAGUGGGAGUGGAGGGCGAGGGUACGAGGAGGUGUGGGAUGAUGAAGACGGGGGCAGUGAGGAGCAGGAGGAGGAGGGGAAGAGGAGGGGGGAGGGAGAAGGGGGCGGGGAUUUGUACCCGGGCGUGGGAGGAGGAGGAGGAGGAGUGCACGGCGAUGGUGGGAGUUCCAAUGCUACCCCGCCUGCCGUCAGCAAUGAGCCUGUUGCAGGCAAUGAUGACGAUGAUGCUGUCAGCUCCUCCUCCACCUCCUCUUUCGACUCUACGGAGUUCGUCCGCAAGGUCACUGAGAGGGCCCGGCUGGCUGCCUCUGCUUCUGCCAACGCUGCCACUGCUGCUGCUGCUACCGCUGCCGCUGCGUGCAACGCAGUAGACGGGAACCACACUCCCACAGACCUCUCCCCCAACAUCACUUCUUCCUCCUCCAUCCAUCCCCCCCCCAGCCACCACUCCUCCCUCCACGCCCUCUCACUCUCCGACUCCCUCGAUCCCUCCUCUCACUCCUCCUCCUCGGACUGCCGCCGCUUCUCUCUCAACCAGCUCCUCCAAUCAACCGACGGCUUUUCCAACCAGAACCUUCUCGGAAGGGGCGCGUACGGCCCGGUGUUUCGGGGCCAGCUAUUCGGGUGCCUAGUAGCCAUUAAGAAGCUCGAGCAGGGGAGCGACCAGGGUCCAGCGGAAUUCAGAACUGAAGUGGAGGUUCUAAGCAAAGUGCGGCACCCGCACAUUGUGCUCUUAAUGGGUCACUGCCCCGAAGAAGCUUGUAUCGUGUACGAAUUCCUCCAGGGGGGGAAUCUUCAGGAGAGGAUAGUUCGAGCCGGAGACAACCCCCCUCCCCCCCUCCCCUGGCACGAUCGCCUCCGAAUCAUAUCGGAAAUCUCGGGCGCGCUGCUCUACAUGCACCGGCAUGACCCGCCCAUCCUCCACCGGGACUUAAAGCCCGACAACAUCCUUUUGGAUGGCAACGCCAUUUCAAAAAUCGCCGACGUGGGCCUCGCAAGGCUCAUCCCCAACGAGGUCUCGGCAGUCACCUGGAAGGUGCGGGGCACCGCGGGGUACAUCGACCCCGAGGAGAUCCAAACCGGGGAGCUCUCAGUCAAAUCCGACAUCUACGCGUUUGGAUUAAUCGCCCUGCAGCUCCUUACCGGACUCAAGAACGUGAAGAUGGUGCACGGGCUGCUGGCAGCAUGUGGCACGGGGGCGCGGGACACAGAGCAAGCCACGGACAUGGUGGUGAAGAGUCUGGAUCGGUCGGCGGGGCGGUGGCCGGAGCGGCUGGCGAGACGGGCGACGCGGGUUCUAGUGCGGUGCAUCGAGAGGAGAAGGGUGAACCGGCCGGACCUGGGGAGCGAGAUCCACCCGCUGCUGUUGGAGAUUGCGGAGGAGGCGAUGGAGGAGCGAAAUCGGAGGACCAAGGAGCUGGACGGCCGAUUCGUGUGCCCUCUGUCACAUGAGAAGAUGAGGGAUCCGGUGGUGGCGGCAGACGGGCACACGUACGAGCGGGAGUACAUCGAGACGUGGAUCGCAACCAGCGGAGUGUCCCCCGUCACAGGGCAGCCCCUGGCGCACCGCGCCCUCACGCCCAACUUCAUCCUCGCCUCGCUCAUGGACUCCAUGCGAAACCACAUGUGAAAUUACAUGUCAAACCACAUGUGACCCGCCAGUUUAACUACACUGAGAGUGACAUGGGUACGUUGAGUGUCUGCUGUCACCAGACAGCCCCUGGCCCACCGGGCACCCCCAACCCUAUUUCACCCUGACGCCAUAUUGUGCUGUUCCAAGGGGUACUGCACCAGGUAAUUGACUAGACUUGACUGGACCGCCCCCCUGGGCUGGCCAUGCACUCACCCCCCUUCAUCCUUGCGUCACCCAUGGAUGCCAUGUGAUGCCAUGUGAUGGCUGCUCCAAGGGUUACUGCAUGAUGGAAAGGGUCUGGACAGCCCCCUGGCCACUGUACUCACACCCUACUCCGUCCUUGCCAGCUCAUGGACUCCCAUCCCAUGUCAUGUGAUGCCAUGCAGGGAUGCAAGUUUGUGCUGUAGCCUGUACCAGAUACUGCCAUGUUUUGUAGGUGUUAAUGUGUUUUGCCACGUUUCCGGUUUGAGCUGGAUUGUAGCGAGCACAACUGCAGUUUGUCUCACUAUUUCAA